AUGUUGCGAUUCAUCUGUUUGAGGAAGCGCUAUCGUGGCGGGAUACCCAUGAGCAGAGUUGCCGGUUCCAGGACUGGCGUCUAUGUCGGCUGCAUGACAAGUGACUACGAGGACAUGUCCACGCAUGAUAUCUACGACCUCGCUCACAACACAGCCGCCGGCGUGAGCGAGGCUAUGACCGCAAACCGUGUGUCAUGGUUCUUUGACCUCCGCGGGCCUAGUCUGACCAUCGACACGGCCUGCUCAUCCAGCUUUCCGGAUGGUAUGUCUCACAGUUUCGACUCACGUGCAAACGGCUAUGGUCGAGGCGAGGGUAUUGGUGCAAUCGUGGUCAAGCGGCUGUCUGACGCUGUCCGGGACGGCGAUGUCAUCCGCGCGGUUAUCCGUGGCUCGGCCGUGAACACCGACGGCAAGACACCCAGUGUUACUAUGCCCAGCUCAGAGGCACAAGCAGAGCUGAUUAGGACGGCGUACAAGAGAGCCGGGAUACCGCUCAAGGACACGCGCUAUGUUGAGUUGCACGGGACCGGCACGCCAGUGGGCGACCCAAUCGAGCUGUCGGCCAUAGCGGCCACAUUCGGAGCUUCUGCCACUCCGGAGGACCCCAUCUUUGUUGGCAGCAUCAAGCCGGCUGUGGGCCAUACGGAAGGUUGUGCAGGACUCGCGGGAGUCCUGCGAGCCAUAGCCUCCUUAGAAAGAGGCACGAUACUGCCCACAGUGGGAAUUGAGACUGUCAACCCCAAAUUGAAGUUUAAAGACUGGAAUCUUGCUCUCCCUCCCGGCAGCAUACCGUGGCCGAGCCAGGGCCCCCGGCGUGCCAGUGUCAACAGCUUUGGAUUUGGUGGGGCGAACGCUCAUGUCAUUUUGGAGGAUGCGUACCAUUAUCUGAAGGAUCGCUCCAUCGCUGGUGUUCACGAUACCGAUAUACCCGCAUCGGAGCAGUCCCCUGAAGAGCAAACGGAGCCCACUGUGAGGCCUGAAGAAGUCGACAGCUGCCUCGUCUCUGGAGUGGAAAAGACCAAGAAGGUAUUUGUGUUCAGUUCACGCGACCAACCUGGACUACAGCGGAUAGCAAAGUCGUUGCAAAGUCACCUCACAUCCGUCACACAGAACGCGAGGGGGAAGGAGGCGAAGCCGGCUUAUCUCGACAACAUCGCAUACACUCUCGCAGCCAGACGCUCCGUGUUUGACUACAGGUCUUUUGUCGUGUCAGAUUCCCUAGAGAACCUUUCGUCACAGCUCUCAAAGUCCGUACCUUCCUUCCGACGUCCCAGCAAGCUGAACGGCGUCGUCUUCGUCUUCACGGGUCAGGGUGCUCAGUGGGCGGGGAUGGGAAGGGAACUGCUCUCCUACCCGGUGUUCUCAGACAGUAUUGCCAGAAGCUCCGCAUGUUUAUCGUCAUUGGGAUGCAGCUUCGAUCUACUCACCGAGAUCCAGAGGACACACGGCAGCAGCAUCGACUCUCCCGAGUACAGCCAGCCGAUCUGUACGGCGGUCCAAGUAGCCAUAGUUGACUUGCUAAAGGACUGGUCGAUUUCGCCCAGAGCCGUCAUUGGACACUCCAGUGGAGAAAUUGCUGCCGCCUUCGCUGCUGGCAUCAUUACACACCAGGAUGCCAUCAAGGUAGCCUACUACCGCGGAAUCUACUCACUCCGCGUCGCCAAAGGUCCUCGCCGGGGUGCCAUGCUCGCUGCCGGCAUAUCGGCAGACGAAGCGAGCCAGUUCCUGGAGGCCCUGCCCAAAGGCAGCGUCGCCGUCGCCGCGUGCAUCAACAGCCCCAAGAGCGUCACCCUCUCAGGCGAUGAAGACGCCGUGUCGCUGCUGGAGGAGCGUAUAUCCAGCGAGCAAAAGUUUGCCAGGAAACUCCGCGUGUCCACCGCCUACCACUCCCCGCACAUGAGAGAUGUCGCUGACGAGUGUCUGGCGGCCAUGGACGGAUCUGGAUUCUCGCAGCCCCGAAAGACCGAGGUCCUCAUGUUCUCGUCGGUCACGGGUGACCUUGUAGACCACUGCGAGGUCAACACAUCGUACUGGGUUCGGAACAUGUGCCAGCCGGUUCUCUUCUCCGGUGCAAUGCAGAACCUCCUUACGUACUCUCCAAACAGGCGGAGCUCCCGUAAGGUGCCUUACAAGUGGAACUCAGUCGUCGAAAUCGGGCCACAUUCAGCUUUGAAGGCACCUGUCGUUCAGAUCAUGGAGGGUCUCGAUAAGAAGCUGUCGACCGAGCUCCCCUAUCUUUCCGUUCUGGUACGGAAAGAAGAUGCUGUCUCGACGGCACUCAAAGCGGCGGCCACGUUCUGGGCGCUGGGGGAGUCUGUAUCUUUAAGCCGGGUGAACCGCGAGGACGAGCGCAAAGCCAAGCCACAGGUGCUCAGUGACCUGCCCCCUUACCAGUGGAACCAUGACAAGCAGUACUGGCAUGAAACCAGCGGCACAAGAUCCGAGAGGCUCAAGACGCAGCCUCGGACGGACCUACUCGGUGUUCCUAUCGAGGACCAGAACCAGUUCGAGCCACAAUGGAAGAACUACCUGCGCAUCAGCGAGAAUCCUUGGAUCGAGGACCACGCCAUCACUGGCACAAAUUUGUACCCAGGAGCUGGAAUGCUGAUCAUGGUCCUCGAGGCUGCGCAACAGCUGGCCGAGAAGGGCGUGCAUUCCCGCGGCAUUGAGUUCCGCGAUGUCCACUUCGACCGGGGCUUGGUGAUCCCAGGAGAAGGGGCCGUUGAGACGCGGCUCAGCAUUCGACUGCCUGAUGAGCAGGAUGAAUCGCUUUACAGCUUCGCAGUAUUCUCCAACACAGGUAGUUCCAGUUGGAUUAAACACUGCUUUGGUAACUUCGUCAUCCAAUAUGACCAUACUCCAGAUGAGCUCGGCCCGCGAGGCUGGGCGCGAUUCAGAGAGGAGUAUGACAAGCUCAGGAGCCUCCCCAGCCGAGAUAUCGAAGUCGAGAAGCUAUACAAGGACCUACAUGAUAUUGGUAUGGAAUAUGGAGACAUGUUCCAGAACGUGACCGCACUUGCUACCACGGAUGACGGGACAGGUUGCUAUGGAACAGUGGAAAUCCCGGACACCAAGAGCGCCAUGCCAUCAGAGUUUGAAUUCCCACACCUUAUCCACCCUGCCACGUUGGACGCGAUCUUCCACCUGAUGGUGGUAGCCGUCUCAGACGGAGGAUCUUGGAAAGAGGCUGCAGUACCUUACCGCUUGGAGCGGAUGUUCAUUGCGAAUGAUCUGCCACAAGGGGCGGGGGCCCUUUUCUCGGGUUACUCGUACCGUCGCAAUCAAAAUAAGAACGGCCAGCUCAGUGCAGACCUUGUGGUCUCUGAUGAGUCGUGGGAGCACCCGAAGAUCAUUGUUGACGGCCUUCACAUGAGACAAGUGACCGGUGCCGUGCCGAGCUCACAAGGCCCGAGCAACGACCUAGGAGGCGUGGAGAGAAGAUGUACCGCGUUGAGCUGGAAGUUGGACCCAGCAAGCUUCCUCAGCGCAAGUUCGACGAGCGCUCCUUCACUAAGCCGUCUCAAAUCUGUGUCAGGGUUACUCGAUUGGUUAGAUAUUGAGUCCCACAGAACCCCUGAGCUGAGUAUUCUCGUCGACGGCGACACAGUGGAUCCUAGCGCUGUCGACCAGCUUCGGCCUUUUAUCUCGGGAGAGAGUGCGUACCGGGGAGCGUCCAAACUCACCGUGAUCGGCGUCACAGAGGAGGUUUUGGACAUCUGGCGCGAGAUCAUCGAAGCCGGCCCAGCUCUUGCUGAAGUCAACUUCCAACUCCACGAGACACACCACGAGAGUCACGACGAUGUCGGAAAGGCCAAAUUUGACUUGGUGCUCACUGGCCCAUCCGAUGAUGGCCAGUCUUUAGAGUCAACCGCGUCAUCUUGGGCACAUCAAUUACAACCCCGAGGGCGAGUCUUGGUCUUUUCGAAGAAUGGCGCCAUCCCGCCAGCGCAAGCCCACCCGCAGGUAAGCGGAACUUCCGACCACAGCUUCGCCAUCCGCGGCGUAGCGCUUGACCAGGGCUCUCUGGCGGUGGCAGCACCUUUCACUGAGCCUAGCCCAGAGCAUCAGACGAUCCGUCUCCUCGUUCCCGAGUCCUAUGUCGAUGCUCAAGCCCAGGCCCUGGUCCAAGACCUUGAGAAGGGUCUCCUGGAGCUGUCACAAAAAGUACGAAAAUCGCACGCGACAAACAUGACGGACGACUUUGGAGGCGAACACGUUAUCUCCCUGCUGGACCUGGGUUCCAAGGGUGGCUUCGUGACCAACUGGACCUCCUCGGAAUUCGACGAGUUCCGCCAGCUGAUUGGCUCCGCGAGACACAUCUUCUGGCUAACACGCGGCGGCCAGAUGCUCGUUCCCGAGUUGUCUGGGCUUGAAACAGCCGCCACGACCGGGUUCCUUCGUGUGCUUCGCAACGAAAACCCUCAGCUGACGAUUACACACCUUGACCUGUCCCCGGCAGCCGAUGCAACCAAAGUCGACACGGUACUGCGGCUCUGGGCCUCCUCGGUCGAGGGAGACGUCGAGGACAGGGAACUGGAGUUUGCAGAGCUUGACGGCGAGAUUUACAUUCCCCGUACUGUGCAGGAAGCCUCGUUCGACGAGGAGAUUGCUUUGGCGACAAGCACUGCGCCACCGGUGAAUACGGCUUUGGGGGCGACAGGAGGCCCGCUGCAGCUUGACACAGAUGGCUUCAUCUGGCACCCCAUUGACUUUCCUCAGUCUGGACUCGAACCAGAACAGGUAGAAGUACGGGUGACCAGCAUUUCGACAGUCCCGAGCAGUUCCGGUGUCGAUUCCCUGGCGAAGGACCUCUGGGCAGAGACAACAGGAGUUGUCACUGCGUGUGGCAGCAGUGUUGUUGGACUCCGCGAGAAUGAUCAUGUCGUGCUCCUGGGAAACACAAACUCCAGCACAUAUCUGCGGAAGCAUCAGAACGAUGUGAUAAAGGUACCUGAGACGGUACCAUUAUUAGGUGCAGCUAGCACCAUCUGGCUUUACCUGAUGGCAUCCUACAUCUUGGACCGAGUUGUUUGUUUGCAAGAUGGCGAUAGUGUCCUGAUCUGUGAUGCUUUGGCUCCUCUGGGCGAGGCCUUGGUUUCGUUAGCUCACAACAAAGGCGCAAAGGUCCUGGCCACCGUGGCAAAUGGUGAAGAAAAGAGGACAGCGUUGGAGAGACUCGCGUUGCCAGAGGACUCAGUCUUGGACACAGGAAAAGUCUCGAUCGCCUCUUUGAUCCGCCACAGGACUGAGGGAAAUGGCGUCGACGUCCUUGUGGCGCCAUCGUCGCAACGCAAUGCGUACCGGGACGUGUCCGAUUUUGUAAGCGACUUUGGACGCGUUGCAGUGACCCUGAAUGGUGACGAGGAUCACGCCCCGCCUCGCAAGCUCGGCCACCGCAAUAUCAGCUAUGCGACCGUCAACCCGAGACAGAUCCUCGGAAGCAGGCGAAAAAUUGUGGCACAAUUACUCAGAAAGGUCCCAGAGAUAUUCGCAUUGGGUUCAUCCGUCAUACAUCCGUCCCUCAACGUCUUCCCCGUCUCUCAGCUAGGCGAGGCGAUAGAGUCUGGCAAGGCUUCGGGGGAGAAGGGUAUUGUGGCAGUCGGGUUUGAAGACGACACACUUGUGCCUGUUAGACCUCGCAGCCGUUCAAAUGUGCAGCUCCCCGCCGACGGUACCUAUGUGCUCGCUGGAGGACUGGGAUCGCUGGGCUUGAGGAUUGCCAAGUUGAUGGUCGAGCAUGGCGCCAAACACAUUGUCCUUUUAUCUCGCUCUGGCCAGAAUCCCAAAUGGGAUAGCGAAAUCAGUGCUAUCACAUUGCUGGGAGGACUUGUUGAAGUCCUCAAAUGUGACGUGACGAAUAAGAAAGAGGUAGAAGAAGCCGUGUCCUCGUUGGUGAAAGCCGGACGCACAGUUCGUGGCGUGGUGCAAUGCGCCAUGGUUUUGCAGGACAGCAUCUUCAGCAACAUGACGCACACCCAAUGGCGCACAGCCUUCGCCCCCAAGGUCGCAGGCACCUGGCACUUGCACAACAGCCUUUUGGCGGCAGACCUGGACUUCUUCGUCAUGCUCUCCUCCGUUGUCUCCAUCAUCGGAAACGUCUCGCAGGCCAACUACGCGGCCGCAAAUUCGUUCAUGGACGCCUUCGCGCAUUACCGGCGAACUGCGCUCGGCCUCCCGGCGGUGUCACUUAAUGUCGGCCUCGUCCGCGACUCUGACCACGAGAUCGACGGCACCGGGAUGGAGCAUUACCUUGAGCGGUUCGGCCACAUGGCUUCGGUCAGCACGACGCUGGAGGAGCUGGACAUCGGGUUGCUGGAGUGCAUGAGGGCUGGAAAGGCGGCCCCGCCGCAGGUUGUGUUCGGCAUGAGCGACGCGCUGAGGAGAGAGGACCAGUGGACGCGUGACCGUAAAUUCGGCCACCGGAUGGCGAGAACCGUGACAAGCGAGGGUGAAUCCUCUGAGAAUGAUGCCGAGGCUGAGGUUAAGGACGCCUUGGCGCACGCGGCAUCGGUGUCGGAAGCCGCGACAGUCGUUGCGGGGGCGUUGAAGAGGCUUCUGGCCCCGGGUCUGGGAGUGCAGCCUGGCGACAUUGGGGAUGACAAGCCGUUGUAUGAGGUUGGAGUGGACUCGUUCAAGGCGGUUGAGAUUCGCAACCAGGUGUUCCGCGACUUGAAGAGCGACAUUUCCGUAUUCGAGAUAUUGAGCUCGAGGCCACUGGCAGAGCUGGCAGGGAUCAUUGCAAUGGGCAGCCAGUUGGUGCCAGCCGAGGCCAAAGCUGGUGGGCUGCAAGGUGAGACAUAG